CAACAUGGCUGCACACACACACACACACACACACACACACACACACACACACACACACACACGCCCCAACCCUGCAGACAGAUGACUCUGGAUGAAUGACCUGCACAUAAAACCAGUGAGGGAGUGGCAUCAGACUCUACAGACAGACAGACAGACAGUCAGACAGAGAGGACGGCUGAGACAGAAACAAGUGGAUGCAGAGGACAGUCAGCUGCAGCCAUGGGGAGCAGAAAAAUGUCCUUUUUUGAGACAUGGAGGAGCAAGACGGAGAGAGGAGAACUUCUGCAGAGAGCCAAUCAGCUGAGACUUCUUCCUUCACAGCUGGAGCAGUUGCUAGGUGACAGUGGAGUUCGGGCAGAGCUGCAGAAUACCAGGAUUGCGUCUCUGCUGCCCCCUGUUGGUACAGAGGUCUUCAGACGACUGACACCAGCUUCACUGGAGGAGAUACAACAACGGCAUGAAGCGGAGGAGAAGGAGCGACCGAAGAAGAAGAAGAAGAACGAAAAGGUGGCGAAGAGUGACCUGCCCAAACCAGCCAGUGACCUGGAGGCAGGGAAGCAACUCCCAUUCUUCUUUGGGGCCCCACCUCCUGAGCUUCUGAACACCCCACUGGAGGAGCUGGAUCCCUACUACCAAUCAAAGAAGACGUUCAUCGUGCUCGGUAAAGGAAACAUCAUCCACAGGUUUAAUGCUGAGUCGGCCUGUUACCUGUUGAGUCCAUUCAACCUGCUGAGGACCGCCGCCAUCAAGAUCCACAUUCACUUGUUAUUCCGUUUGUUCAUCCUGGUGACGGUUCUGACCAACUGUGUGUUCAUGACGAUGAGUAAUCCUCCAGAAUGGAGAGAGACUGCGGAACAUGUGUUUACAGCCAUCUACAUGCUUGAAGUCCUCAUAAAGAUGAUGUCCAGAGGCCUCUGUUUCGGAAGCUUCACUUUCCUCAGAGACCCCUGGAACUGGCUCGACAUCCUGGUCAUCCUCACAGGUGUCCGACCUUUUAUGGAAUCAAGGUUGUAUUACUUCAAUUUCUUCAGAGCCCCCAAGAAGUGGCUGAACUCCAUGAUCGCCGGCAAGAUAUAUUUGACAUGGAUUGUAUCUAUAAAGACACUUUCUGUGUUGAGAACAGUUACUCGAGUACUGAAGAUCAUCACAGUCAUCCCAGGUCUGAAGAAGACUGUCGGAGAUGUCGUCCAGUCGUUGAGGAAACUGGCUGAUGUCAUCACUCUAACGGUGUUCUGGCUCUGCCUCUUGGCUCUGAUCACUCUGCAGCUCUUCAUGGGAUCUCUGAAGCACAAAUGUAUUAUUUCAUCGUGGCUGGCGCCAGCAGGAAGCACUGAGUUUGAUUUCUCUGAGCAUGUUCUCAACGCUGAGAACCAGUACCACCUGCCUGGUCAGUUAGAUCCUCUGGUGUGUGGAAACUCCUCUGAUUCAGGGGCCUGUCCCGAGGGUUACACCUGUCUGAGGGCGGGGAGAAACCCAAACUACGGCUACACCAGCUACGAUUCGUUUAGUUGGUCUCUGCUGAACAUGGUCCGACUGAUGACCCAGGACUUCUGGGAAAACCUGAUGCAGCUGACGUUCCGAUCAUCAGGUUCCCACUUCCUGGUCUUCUUCAUGGGUAUUGUCUUCCCCGGCUGCUUCUGCGUCCUCAGCCUCAUCGUGGUGGUGGUUGCCAUGGCCGCCAGUGAGCGGGAGGACGCCGGUGUCGUUGAAGCCAGAGAGAGAGAAGAGUUGUUCACUAAGAUCGUGGAGGUGCUGAAGAGGAGGGAGGAAGAGGAGAAGGCAGCCUGCAGGGCGGCGCUCUCAGAGACAUCAGAGGGUGAAAACAAGAGCCACAAACACACUGAUGUAAAAGACUUCUGCCUGAAGUUGGACUGUUGUGUCUGUUGCCCGGGGCUCCAACAGUGGCUUCACACCUUCAUCACAAACCCAUUCUUUGACCUUGGGAUUGUCAUCUGCCUCAUCAUCAACACCAUUUUUAUGGCUAUGGAGCAUUAUCCAAUGACGAUGGAGUUUGAAGAGCACCUUGCUAUAGCACAUCUGGUCUUCACAGGCAUCUUCACAGCUGAGAUGAUCAUCAAGCUUGUUGCCAUGGGCCCGUGCGGAUACUUCAAGGUGCACUGGAACAUCUAUGACAGCAUUAUCGUCAUAGUGAGUCUGUUGGAGUUGGGAUUAGCUGACGUUUCUGGCCUGGGUCUGCUGCGCCCCUUACGACUGUUGCGAGUAUUCAGGCUGUCCAGGUGGUGGCCAUCCUUCCACCUGUUGUUAAAGAUCAUCUGGAUGUCACUGAGCGCUCUGAGGAACCUGACUCUUCUUCUGCUCAUCAUGGUCUUUUUCUUCACCGUGGUUGGCAUGCAACUGUUUGGGAGUGACUACAAAGACUGCGUCUGUCGCAUCUCAGUGGACUGUGAGCUUCCUCGCUGGCACAUGAACGAUUUCUUCCACUCCUUCCUUGCUAUCAUGAGGGUCCUUUAUGGAGAGUGGAUUGAGCUCAUGUGGGAUUGCAUGGAGGUCUCAGGUCAGACCAUGUGUCUGAUCUUCUUCAUGAUGGUCAUGGUCAUCGGAAACCUCUUGGUCCUGAAUCUGUUCCUGACCUUGCUGAUGAGCUCCUUCAGCAGUGAGAGUCUGGCAGCUCCAGCAGUAAAAGAAUACAACCACCUGCAGCCUGCUAUAAGUCAGAUCAAGAGGGCUGUGUGGACUCUGCUGGGAAAGAAGACCCAUAUGAACCCAGACCACAAAGCAAUCGACAGCAAGGACGACAAGAAGAAGGAUUACAUGGCCUUGACUGUUGUGACCUCGGAACAGCCGAUGUCAGAGGUCAGGGCCCUCAGCAGUGAUCACGACAACCCGACCAGCAAAGACCAUAACACCGACUCCCAGUGCGUCCUGGAUGCCAUAAAGACGUCUGAAGAUGAAGAUGAAAAAGAGAAAAAAAAACAUCCUGAAGUCCAGCAGCGCAAAGACGAUGAAGAUGAUAAAGGAAACCCACCUGACGACUGCUGUAGUGACAAGUGUUACCGUUGCUGUCCAUGCCUGGACAUAGACACAUCCCAGGGUGGAGGAAGGGUCUGGUCCAGCUUCAGGAGAGCCUGUUGCUCCAUCAUUCAACACAAAUACUUCGAGUACUUCGUCAUGUUCAUCCUCCUGCUGAGCAGUGCAGCUAUGAUGUUUGAGGACAUUUACCUGCAUCAGCGUCUGGUCUUAAAGGAGAUCCUGUUGAGAGCAGACCAGGUGUUUACCCUGCUGUUCCUGAUAGAGAUGCUUCUCAAGAUCAUCGCCUUCGGACUCAAGAAAUACUUCACCGACGCCUGGUGCUGGCUCGACUUCCUCAUCUUAGACGUAUUUCUGGUUUCUCUGGCAGCCGACACAUUUGGAUUCUCUGAACUGGGAGCCAUCCAGUCUCUGAGGACCCUGAGGGCUCUGGGGCCCCUGAGGAUCCUGUCUCGCACCAAGGGCCUGAGGCUGGUGGUGCAGACGAUGGUGCGGAGCUUCCCGUUCCUGUUUGAUGUGUUGCUGGUCUCUCUGGUCGUCUGGUUGAUCUUCAGUGUUAGUGGAGUGGAACUGUUUGCUGGAAAGUUUUAUUACUGCUUCAAUGAGACAUCGGAGGAGAUUUUCACAGCAGACGCUAUCAACAAUCGUACCCAGUGUUUGGAACUGGUAAUGAUGAACUUCACCGAGGUCAGGUGGAAGAACGCGCACUUAAACUUCGACAGCGUGGCAAAUGGUUACCUGGCGCUGCUGCACCUGGCGCUGUCAUCAGACUUUUAUGAUGUCAUGUACGCGGCUGUGGACUCCAGAUGGGUGGAAUCUCAGCCGGUCUAUGAGAAUUCGCUGUACAUGUACAUGUUCUUCAUCUUUUUCAUCAUCAUCAGUUCUUUCUUCACCUUAAACUUCUUCAUCAGAGCCAUCUUGGACAACCUGCAGAGAAGCAAGAUAGGUAAACAUAUUUUCAUCACAGAGGAGCAGCAUAAAGAGUGGAUUGCUGUGAAGAAACGUCUGCGGACCCCUCCGAGAGCUGUUCCAAGACCUCAGAAUGCUUGCCAGGCUUGGCUCUUUGACCUGGUGACUAAACUACCAUUUAAUAUUUUCAUGGCGAUUGUGAUCUGCCUGAACGUGGUUCUCCUGAUGGUUGAGACAGACCAGAUAAGCAUGCAGGCGGAAAUCAUCCUGUACUGGUCCCACCUGGUCUUCAUCCUCAUCUUCCUCAUUGAGUUCAUUCUGAAGAUCAUUGCGCUCAGACAGCACUACUUCACCGACGGAUGGAAUGUGCUCGACUUCUUAGUGCUCAUCUUCACCAUCGUAGGCAUGUUCUUGGCUGAUUUAUUUGAGAAAUACUUCAUCUCACCUUCUCUCGUAACUGUGCUCCGAUUGUUUCGUGUUGGACGUAUGCUCCCUCUCAUUCGCUUUAGCAGGGGUAUCCGGAAGCUGUUAUUUGCCUUCAUGAUGUCACUUCCUGCCUUCAUCAACAUUGGCCUCCUCCUCUUCAUUAUCAUGUUCACCUCCUCUCUCUUUGGCAUGUUUAACUUUGCCUAUGCGAGGAGAGGGGCAGCGAUUGAUGACAUGACGAACUUUGAAACGUUUUGGAACAGCAUGAGCUGUUUGUUUGUGAUGACCACGACAGCGUCAUGGGGUGGUCUGCUGCUUCCAUUGAUGACCACGCCGCCAGACUGUGACCCCCACAUGGAGCACCCAGGAUCCACAGUCAAAGGGGACUGCAGCAACACAACAGUCGCCAUCAUCUUCUUCGUCAUCCACAUCAUCCUGUCCUUUCUGCUGGUGGUCCACCUGUUUGUCGCUGUUGUCCUGCAGACCCUCAAGUCAGAGGACGGAGAGCCACUGAGUGACGAUGAACUCCAGAUGUUUUAUGAAACCUGGAGAAAGUUUGACCCCGAAGCCUCGCAGUUCAUAUCCUACAGUAAGCUGUCAGAUUUCUGCGACUCUCUGAAGGAUCCUCUGAGGAUUCCAAAACCAAACUCCAUUAAACUAAUCCACAUGGAUCUGCCUCUUAUGCCUGGAGACAAAAUCCACUGUGUGGACGUCCUUUUCGCACUCUCCACGCAGGUGUUAGGUUACUCUGGACAGGCGGACACUCUGAAAGCCAGAAUUGAGGAAAAGUUCGUAGACAACCCAUCCAAGGUGUCGCAUGAACCAAACAGCAGCACUCUGCAGGGGAAACAGGAAGACGUGGCGGCAGCAGUGAUCCAGAGAGCGUACAGGAAACACAUUCUGCAGCACAGAGGUGCAGAGGAGCCGGCAGUGGAGUCUGUGAACGGGGGUGGUGGUGUUUCAGGUGGAGCCUUACAGUAAGUCUCUCCCCCACGCUGUUCUGACGUCCUGCCAGAUGAGAACCUGAGGGAGUCUAUCAUCAGUCUGGACCGCACCUGUGGACCGAGCUCUUAGGUCAGAGACAACACAACUGGAGUUAAAGUUUGCUGCGGACAGCUUCGUUCUGUGCUCUACAUCUGUCUCUAAGAAAAGUUUUUAUUACUGCGUCGUUAAUUCCUGUGUGUCCUAACAGAGCUCAGUCUGUGCAGAGACAUCCCAGGUGAUGUUAAACUUCACAAUCAACUACUAAUCCAGGUUACUAUAACAUGUACACAACAUUUAUUAUUAAUAUAUCUCAAAAAUGUAUGAUUGUAGAUGCUUGGUCCAGGACCAGGUGAUAUCAGAAAAAAAUUCUGACACUGAUCAGCAUCUCUGUUGAUCCCACAUUCUUUGUUUUCUGCCUUUUUGUUUCCACACUGCUUACUCACGUAAUUACACUCUGGAGGGAAGAAAGAUUACAGAUGUUUCUUAAAAAGAUGCAUUUAUACUUUUUCCAGUGUCAGGGAUUGGCCUCCUCCUGAUGUUUGAUGUCACUAAAAACAACUCAGAGCUCUUAUUAUGAGCCAGAAUUAAAAAUAUUUCAGACAAAGUAUUCAGUGAGACAGAAAGAUGCAUCUUUUACACCUGAACAAGAAAAACGUUUGUUUUAUUGUUUCAUUUGUUGGAAUCAGUCUGUUUUACAGCAGACUGAUUAAAAAACACACAUUAUUUGACAGUGCUAGUACCAUGAAAGGUUUCCUCACAACACCCGGACUUUAUUUUGAAAAUAACAAAACUUUACUCUUAAAAUAUUAUGACUUUAUUCUGGAAAUAUGAUGACUCCACUCUGAAAAUAUUUCCCCUUCAUACUGGAAAUAUUACAACUUUGCUCUGGAAAUAAGAUUUUAUUCUGAAAAUAUUACAACCUUAUUAUGGAGAUAUUUUGAAUUUAUUCAGAAUAUAUUAUGACAAUACUCUGGAGGAAUUAAAACUUUUAAGAUUUUUUUAUUUUAAACUAACUGCACAAAAAAAAGAACAGCAGCAUUAAUUGUAACAUCAGCAUAUCAAACUAACAUCAUUAUUAAAGUAAUGUAAGCAUUAAAAAAACAAACAAGCAUUUCUUUUGAAAGUGAUGUUGGCGGGAAGAAAACUAACAGUAAUUCAAUAAUAUAAGCAUUAAAAAUGGAAAUUAACAUUAAAAAUAAAAUGUUACAGGUAUCGGCAACCUUAGCAUCAUUUCCACCAAACACUUUGGGUAUAGUACCUUUGGAACCAACAGUAACCCUUCAGACAUGGUACCUAGACCCCAGUGUUUCCACCACAAACAGUACUCUUAAAUGUGGUUGUUGUCACUCACUGCUCCGUCCAGCACUCACUGUAUUUCCUCAUCACCGGUAACACAGAGGGAAGUCUGCACCUCGUUUAUUGUCCACAGAACGAGGCUGCACGCCAGGCUUUGAAUGAAUGUAGGUAUUGUCCGUCUCCAGAAUGCAGGAAAUCACAUCUACCACAUCCAAAAUGUUCUGGGGGAGGACCGCCAGACCCCCACUAUACCACCAUUAUCUCUCUCUGUAUGGUAUUUGUAUGUAAGGCAUUAGGCCCUAUCCAUCUCCAGCAGGCGCCCAGAAAUCCGUUAGGAUGAGGGGGAUCAGGAUCACAUCUACCAAAUUAGUUGACAAACAAAAAUUUUAUGUGUCUGUCUAAACAACAAAAUUGUGGUCGACCCUACUGAAUCUCACUCCAAGGUUUUUUUGAAAAGUUGACAGCCCUGCAGUUUACUAAUAAAACUCUCCACAGUAUGAACAGUGGUUACAUGAGCCUCAAAACCAGCCACAACUCAGCCCUGAGCAGAGUGACUGUCCUCUACUGACCAAUCAGACUGCAGUGUUCACAGCUCCACCUUUUAGUACCAGAUCUGUGUGCUAGGUACCCCAACAGAGGGGAUGGGGACGGUAUGGAACGGUUUCAUUGGUACCAUCCCCAACUUUUCACAGUGGAAACAGAAAAAAAGCGACUGAACUGAACCGUACUGUACUUCUCAGUGGAAAUGGGGCUCUUUAUUACCAAAAGAGACUUUUAAUGAAGGGAAAACAGCCUAUUAAGUCUAAAUUAGCCUGUACUGACAGUGUAAAUGAGCAUUCAUUCAUGUUUUACAACAAGGUGGUGGAACUGCACAGGGCAAUGAUUAUUAUGAUCAUUUGGUACUUUAACUUUGCAGAGCUGACAGUGAAAGCAAACCUAUCUGUCCAUGUGAUACUAAACUCUCUAUUUUAUUCCAAGACUUACUUUUUUGGAUUUGGCAUCCAGAGCUAAGCAGCUAGGAAGACUCGAGACUCACCACUGCUAUCAAGGUUCGGCGAAAUUCCAAGGAAUAGGUGCCGGGCAGUCGAUGUGUUACGCACAUUUUAGUUGUUGAAAAGUUAAGACAUUUUUUUAUUUGGUAUAGAGACUUGUUUAGGCCUACAACACUGAUAUAUGAUAUAUACCUGGAUUAAACACCUGAGUGGUUCCUUUCUUAUUAAAGUAGCUCCCAGUGAGGCCACCAGCUGCUGAACAUGCAUUAACCACAACAUUAAUUGUCUCUAGCUGAUCGAUUGAUUGAUUAUAGGUUAUUAACGUCAUGCUCUGACAAUGUUUAACAUGUGAUUUAGCCAGAUAUUCUUGCACUGCUGUCAGAGUAUCAUGCAGAAACCCUGUGUCCCCAUGUAAGAGAUGAACAACUGAGCACUUCUUUAUACUUUUUUAUUUGAUCUUUUUUACUGUAUCUUGUUGUAGCCACAGUGUUGGUAUAUCGAUGCUGUUUCUCUUUAUAUAUAACUUUACACAUUACACAAACUCAAUAAAUGGAGCUCAAAACA